GGGAGGAGCCAGCAACGUCACUAGUUUCUAGAGGGGUGGUGAUGGUGCUGGAAUGUAGGGCUCAUGUGAUCCGUCACAUGACAGCAGAUCUGCAGAAAGGUGGAAUGGGACUCCGAGCCUGCCUCCUCGGGCUUCUUGCCCUCUUUGUCACUGGCAAAUGCAGUUACAGCCCGGAGCCUGACCAGCUGCGGACGCUGCCCCCAGGCUGGGUGUCCCUGGGCCGUGUGGACCCUGAGGAAGAGCUGAGUCUCACCUUUGCCCUGAGACAGCAGAACCUGGAGAGACUGUCCAAGCUGGUGCAGGCUGUGUCGGAUCCCAGCUCUCCUCGAUACGGAAAAUACCUGACCCUAGAGGAUGUGGCUGAACUGGUCCGGCCAUCACCACUGACCCUCAGCACGGUCCAAAAAUGGCUCUUGGCAGCUGGAGCCCGGAACUGCCACUCAGUGACUACACAGGACUUUCUGACUUGCUGGCUGAGUGUCCGACAGGCAGAGCUGCUGCUCUCUGGGGCUGAGUUUCAUCUCUAUGUGGGAGGACCUACAGAGACCCAUGUCGUAAGGUCCCCACGUCCCUACCAGCUCCCCAAGGCUUUGGCCUCCCAUGUGGACUUUGUGGGGGGGCUGCACCGCUUUCCCCCCACAUCAUCCCUGAGGCAACGCCCUGAGCCACAGGUGGCAGGGACUGUUGGCCUGCACCUGGGGGUGACCCCAUCUGUCAUCCGUGAGCGAUACAACUUGACAGCACAAGACGUGGGCUCUGGCACAACCAACAACAGCCAAGCCUGUGCCCAGUUCCUGGAACAGUAUUUCCGUGACUCAGACCUGGCUGAGUUCAUGCGCCUCUUUGGUGGGAACUUUGCACACCAGGCAUCAGUAGCCCGCGUCGUCGGACAACAGGGCCGGGGCCUGGCUGGGAUCGAGGCCAGUCUAGAUGUACAGUACCUGAUGAGUGCUGGUGCCAACAUCUCCACCUGGGUCUACAGUAACCCUGGCCGGCACGAGUCACAAGAGCCCUUCCUGCAGUGGCUCCUACUGCUCAGUAAUGAGUCAGCCCUGCCACAUGUGCACACCGUGAGCUAUGGGGAUGACGAGGACUCCCUCAGCAGUGCCUACAUCCAACGGGUCAACACUGAGUUCAUGAAGGCUGCUGCUCGGGGUCUUACCCUCCUCUUUGCCUCAGGUGACAGUGGGGCUGGGUGUUGGUCUGUCUCUGGAAGACAUCAGUUCCGUCCGAGCUUCCCUGCCUCCAGUCCUUAUGUUACCACGGUGGGAGGCACAUCCUUCCAGAAUCCUUUCCGAGUCACGAAUGAAGUUGUUGACUAUAUCAGUGGUGGUGGCUUUAGCAAUGUGUUCCCACAGCCUUCAUACCAGGAGGACGCUGUAGCCCACUUCCUGAGCUCCAGCCCCAACUUGCCACCAUCCAGUUACUUCAAUGCCAGUGGCCGUGCCUACCCAGAUGUGGCUGCACUUUCUGAUGGCUACUGGGUGGUCAGUAACAACGUGCCCAUUCCAUGGGUGUCUGGUACCUCGGCCUCUACUCCAGUGUUUGGGGGCCUCCUAUCCCUGAUAAAUGAACACAGAAUCCUCAGUGGUCACCCUCCUCUUGGCUUUCUCAACCCAAGACUCUACCAGCAGCGUGGGGCAGGACUCUUUGAUGUAACCCGUGGCUGCCAUGAGUCCUGUCUGAAUGAAGAGGUGCAGGGUCAGGGUUUCUGCUCCGGCCCUGGCUGGGAUCCUGUGACAGGCUGGGGAACACCCAACUUUCCAGCCCUACUGAAGACACUAAUCAACCCUUGACCCUUUCCUGCUGACAGAGUGGGCCUGACUCCUCCCCCACCGCUGGUGGCUCGGUCCCUUGUUCUGCACUGUUGGAAGCCCUGAUGAACCCUCAAGUGUUGACUGCUGCAGACAGCUUAUCUCCCUAACCCUGAAAUGCUGUGAGCUUGACUUGACUCCCAAACCUACUCUAUUCCAUCAUACUCAGGUCUCCCUACUCCUGCCUCAGGUUCCUCUACAGAUAGUAUAACCAGUACUGUUUGGGAGCCUCCCCCAACCCCCUCUCCCCAUUUCUUCUUUCUCCUUUCAACCAGACUUUUCCAAAGGGUUGUCUACACUGUUUGUAUAUAUUAUUUCACCUGAUGUUUGCUCCUCAAUUCAUUGCAACAAAACCUCUGCUCUCAUUUUAUCACUUUUUCAACUAACAUUGAGAAACAAUGGCCUCCCUGCUGCUUCAUCCAGUGCACAUGUCUCAAUCUCUGCUUUAGGGGCUCUUUGUCAUAGUUGCCCACUCGCUCUGCUUCCUUAGCUUGCAGUACUUAACUUCUCUGACCAUUCCCUCUUCCUCUAUCAUUCCCUCUUCCUCCUUCUCUUUCUCUGUUCCUCAUUGAAUGUUGGUGUACUUCACUGCUCCAUCCUUAGUCUUUUGUUCUUGUCACCCUACCCAUUGUCCCCUGGAAGAAAUCAAUCACUGGCAUCCAUAGCCAUCAUCAUCUCCCUAAAUCAGAUUUUCUAUCUAAUGGGGAUUGAUAUCUCAAAUGCAAGAUGUGUGAUACCCAACUCUUGAUCUCCCUCCUUCCCCAUCACAAACUGUUCUCUUUUGUUUCUUGGUAAAUGAGACUAUGCUUCCUCAAAGAAAGCCAGAAACCUAUGUGUCAUCCCAGACUCCCAUUUCCUUCACCUUCCCCCACCACCACCUCCAAUCAACAAGUCCUAUUGACUUUACCUCUUAAAUAUAUCUUUAUCAAUCCACAAGUCCUGCCAAUUAUAUAUCCUAAAUAUAUCUAGAACUAAUCUACUUCUCUCCAUCCCCACUGCUACUACAUUAGCUUAGAGCCACAUUCUCUCUCCUCUGAACUGCAGGAGGCCCUUGCAAAAAGUGUCCUUACUUCCUGCCCUUCCCUAAACCAUCUUCCAGAGUAAAAUGCAAAUCCCAUCAGGUCAUUUACUUGAUUGAGAUCCCUCAAAGACUACUGGAUAAAGUUCAAGCUUUUUUACUAUGACUCACAAAUCCGAUCCCUCUCUUGCUAUUUGUUCCUGAGUAACAAGUUGUUUAUCCUCCCCUAUUCCCCUGCUCGCUACACUUUCACUUUUGCUCAACAGAUUCUGUGCCCUUAAUACUACCCCUGACUACCACUAACACUACCUACUAUGCUCUUUGCCUGGUUGAUUUCUGGGAUUCUUUUAAGAAUCAGCUCAAAAGUCACCUUCUCUUGUGAACCUUUUGGCUCCCUGAAACUAGUUGAUUUUGGCACAGCAGAAAAAUCAGAUUUUUGAAACCAAACCUGUUUGAUUCUUGAUUCUGAUAUAGACUAGGAGAGAGCCUUGGGCAAGUACAUUCAUUUCCCUGAGCCUUUUUCCUCCUCUGUUAAGUGGGGAUAUCCAUACCUGCCUCUCAUAACAAGCAGGGAAUAAUUAAAUGGAAUCAAGUUGAUAGAGCACCUGACACACAGAAAAGUAAGCAGAUGUUAGUUCCUUUCUCCCUUGCACUGCACUCCAUGUCUACCUCUAGAAUUGUAAAUCCCACAUAAUAUUAAAAUUGCCAGUUUACCUGUUUGCCUCCUUUUCCAAGACCGUUGGUGCCUAGAGGACUAGAAUCUUGUCCUACUUAACCUUGUAUUCCCAGGCCCUAGCUCAGGAUUGGCAAGUAGGAAUUAAAUAAACGUUUGCUGCAUUUAAAACCCUA